AUGGAUCGCCAGCGGAAACAUGUAUUCACCACGAACAAGUCCCUCGACUCCGCGCUGAAGAAAAAUACUGCCUUCAUCAAACGUCUCCGUACAGGCAUCAGUGCCUCUGCGCUAUCUACGUUUCUCGCCGAUAUCCGCACCUUGUCCCUCCACAAGUAUCUCUCCGAGAUCAUCUCUGCCUGUUACGAAGGCCUUUGCAAACUAAAAUCACCCGGAGAAAUUGCUGCAGGAGUUGAGGUUGUUAGUGCGCUGCACCAGCGUUUCGGACCAUGGGAGUUCACGCGCCAAAUUGGAUGGCUGCUCGGUAGGGGACUGAGCACUCCGGACAAAGCGCAACUGAAGGCCCUCAGCCAGGAAAUCCGCGAACGAGAAGAGAAGGACCGACUGUCUCGCCACCGCGUGCUCCUUCGAGUUGUCACUGAGCUUUGGCUCGUCAACGUGCUGAAAACCCUUGAUGACGUCGAGCGACCCGAGGACUUGGGUGCGAAGGGCAAGGAAGGUGUCGUUGGAAUCGGGAGCAAGCCAUCAGACACCCCACUAAAAGCCAAGACUCCUGCUAAUGGACAGAAAGAUCAAGACAAACCCGCUGACCCAUUCCCCUUGGAAGUUCUCAAGGAGCUCCUUGGGCAUGACCGAGACCAUACCAACCUUCCCCUUGCAGUGCUGUUCGUCAAAAGCUUCAGCUGGGAUAUCGUCGGUUCAAAGCUUGCCGAAGAUGGUAGAAAGACAGUUGAGGCUGAUGGCGCUACUUCCGGGGCCGAUGCACAAAACCCGGAGGCUGACGCAGAGUCCACGGAAGCCGAUCUGCCUCUGACCCCGGAGAAGACCCAACAACGGUUCAGAAACAUCCUGAACCGCUAUCUGGAGGAUGUCAAAGCCCAUGUCGUCCGCGACCAGAGAGCGCUUGCUCAGCAAAACCGCCGCAAUGCUGAGGCGUACGUGAAGAGCGGUGAGAUCUUUGAAGACCGCCAGGCCAAUUUCGAAAAGCAGACCAAAGGCUUGGAGAAGCUUGUGGCUAAUACUCAAGUGCUGUGUGAGGCACUCGGAACUGAGAUGCCUGACAUCGCCGAGAAGGAGACCACCGAUGCCUCAGCCAGCGGUGGGAUCGGUCUUGUGAAAACCACGGAUUAUCUGCGAGGCCAGGGCGAAGGCGCUGGAAUCUGGGAGGAUGAAGAGGAAAGGCGAUUCUACGAAAAUCUUGUCGAUUUGAAGGGUAAGGUACCCGCCAUGCUUCUCGAGGACGGCAAGAAGAAGAAAGCCGAAGCCGAGGAAACGGGCAAAAAGAAGCCGGAGGGUGAAGCUGCUGAGUCUACAGUGGAGCCCUCAGACGAGACCCCUGCCGCUGAUGCAGACGAUCAGUCGACUACAAUUGCUAGCAAGACUGUUGGUGCUCAGGUGGAUUCUCUUCUUGCCAAGCUCCCUGAAUUGCAGACCAAGGACCAGGUCGAUCAAUUUGCUUUGGAUUUCUGCUGGGUCAACUCCAAAGCUUCACGCAAUCGGUUGGUCAAGGCUGUUUCCGAAGUCCCCAAAGGGCGUGUUGAUCUCCUGCCCUUGUAUUCCCGGCUGGUGGCUAUCUUGGGGCAAUACCUGCCAGACAUACCACAGGGAAUAACCACCUAUCUCGAUGAAGAGUUCCGCAGUCUGCAACGACGCAAGUCAAAGGAGUUCCUUGGCCAAGUCCGCAUGGCCAACGUACGCUACCUGGCUGAACUGACCAAAUUUGGCGUGGUUCCUGAGCAUAUCAUUUUCCAUUGCUUCAAAGUUUCACUGGACGAAUUUUCGCGUAUGAACAUCGAAAUUAUCGGCCAUUUGCUGGAGAAUUGUGGCCGCUAUCUGCUGCGCAAUCCGGAAACAUCCCCACGAAUGGCUUCCUUCCUCGAAACUUUGAGUCGAAAAAAGGCUGUGCAGCAUCUUGCGCAACAGGAGCGAAUGGUCAUCGAAAAUGCUAUCUACUAUGUGGACCCCCCUCCACGCCCUGCGAUUCAGCAGAAGGAGCGCACGCCCAUGGAGCAGUAUAUUCGUCGCCUGAUCUACCUCGAUAUGAACAAGCGCAACUACACCAAGAUUCUGAAAUCUAUCCGCAAACUGCACUGGGAAGAGCGGGAGGUUGUUGAAAUCCUGGAACGUGUGUUCAGCAAGCCCGUUAAGGUGAAGUAUGGCAGCAUCCAUCUUCUGGCGAUCCUGGUAAGCGCCUUGUACCGAUACCACCAGGAGUUCGUGAUUGGCAUUGUCGACAACGUCCUAGAACAGGUUACGCUUGGUCUUGAGCAGAACGACUUCAAAUUCAACCAGAAGCGUAUCGCCGAAAUCAAGUAUCUGGGUGAGCUUUACAACUACAAGAUGAUUGAUUCUCCUGUGAUUUUCGACACCUUGUACCGUAUCAUCACCUUUGGCCAUGAAGGUGGUACCCCUGUCCCUGGAAGGAUUAGCAUGCUCGAUUUGCCAGACGACUACUUCCGCCUGCGUCUGGCGUGCACCCUACUCGACACAUGUGGCCACUGCUUUGAUCGUGGCUCGGCUAAGAAGAAACUGGACUUCUUCCUCUCUUUCUUCCAGUAUUACCUGUUUACGAAGGAUCCCCUACCCAUGGAUGUCGAUUUCCUUGUCCAGGACACUUACCACUCUAUCCGCCCACAAUGGAAACUUGCCACUGAUGCCGAAGAAGCGACCCGCAUCUUCAGUGAAGCAGUUGCUCAGAACUACAACGUCCCGGAGUCUGAGCGGCCCGUUGAACCCGACGAGGAAGACGCGGAAAGCAGCUCGUCCGAUGAGGACCUCGAAGAGGACGUGAUCCAUGAAAUUGAUGAAGACCAGGACACAAGCGACGAAGCAGAAGCGUCCGGCCCUAACCCGGAUGGCAAUGACGAAAGCGAAAGCGAGUCCGAGGAUGAGGACGAACAAAUUAUCGUCACCCGCCAAGAAGAGGAGCGAGAUCCCGUGACUGAAGCCGAAUUUGACCGUGAAUUCGAGAAGAUGAUGGCUGAAAGCAUGGAUUCUAGACGGUUUGAGCGCAAAACUGUCUUUGAUAUCCCUCUCCCAAUGAAGCGUCCUCCCCGCGAAAACAUGCCUAGUGAUUCCAGCCCGGAGCCAGUCCAUGUCGAGCCGGUCCAACCCAAUACGAUGGCCUUUUCUUUGAUGACAAAGAAGGGCAACAAGCAACAGACUCGAACCAUCGACCUCCCUUCGGAUUCAACCUUUGCGAUUGCCAUGCGAAGCCAACAGCAAGCCGACCGCGAGGAGCAACAACGCAUCAAGAACCUGGUCUUGAACUACGAAGCAUCGAACGAACCCGAGCCAGCCGAAAGUGAGAAUGACCCCCAGGAAAACCCCAAUCGGAAGGACCCCUUGCUGAGAGUUACAAAAGCAGCACCCCAGGAGAAACGCACCCCCGCAAGCCAACGGACGGAUAAAGCCGGUGCCAACCGGUCCGCAUUCCGCUCACGCAAACUGCAGCUCAGCGAUGUCAACUGGUAA